AGCAGAAGGACGUCUGAGAGAUGCUCGCAGCGAUGGGCUCUGUGGUGGCUGCCCUCUGGGCAGUGGUCCAUCCUCGGACUCUCCUGCUGGGCACUGUCGCCUUUCUGCUCGUUGCUAACUUUCUCAAAAGACGGCGCCCAAAGAACUACCCGCCGGGGCCCUGGCCCCUGCCCUUCGUUGGCAACUUCUUCCUUGUGAACUUCGAGCAGUCGCACCUGGAGGUUCAGCAGUUUGCAAAGAAAUAUGGAAACCUUUUUAGCUUGGAGCUUGGUGACAUAUCUGCAGUUCUUAUUACUGGCUUGCCCUUAAUCAAAGAAGCCCUUAUCCACAUGGACCAAAACUUUGGGAACCGCCCUGUGACCCCUAUGCGAGAACGUAUCUUUAAGAAAAAUGGAUUGAUUAUGUCAAGUGGACAGGUAUGGAAGGAGCAAAGAAGGUUCACUCUGACAGCACUAAGGAACUUUGGUUUAGGAAAGAAGAGCUUAGAGGAACGCAUUCAGGAGGAGGCCCAACACCUCACUGAAGCAAUGAAAGAGGAGAACGGACAGCCUUUUGACCCUCACUUCAAGAUAAACAAUGCAGUUUCCAAUAUCAUUUGCUCCAUCACCUUUGGAGAACGCUUUGAGUACCAGGAUAGUCAGUUUCAGGAGCUGCUGAAGUUAUUGGAUGAAGUCACAUACUUGGAGGCUUCAAAAACAUGCCAGCUCUACAACGUCUUUCCAUGGCUAAUGAAAUUCCUACCUGGACCCCACCAAACUCUUUUCAGCAACUGGGAAAAACUGAAAUUGUUUGUUUCUCAUAUGAUUGAAAAACACAGGAAGGAUUGGAAUCCUGCAGAAACAAGAGACUUUAUUGAUGCUUACCUCAAAGAAAUGUCAAAGCACACAGGCAAUUCUACUUCAAGUUUCCGUGAAGAAAACCUCAUCUGUAGCACUCUGGACCUCUUCUUUGCUGGAACCGAGACAACUUCUACGACUCUGCGAUGGGCUCUGCUUUAUAUGGCCCUCUACCCAGAAAUCCAAGAAAAAGUACAAGCUGAGAUUGACAGAGUGAUCGGCCAAGGGCAGCAGCCGAGCACAGCCGCCCGGGAGUCCAUGCCCUACACCAAUGCCGUCAUCCAUGAGGUGCAGAGAAUGGGCAACAUCGUCCCCCUGAACGUUCCCAGGGAAGUGACAGUUGAUACCACUUUGGCUGGGUACCACCUGCCCAAGGGGACCAUGAUCCUGACCAAUUUGACGGCGCUGCACAGGGACCCCACAGAGUGGGCCACCCCUGACACGUUCAAUCCAGAGCAUUUUCUGGAGAAUGGACAGUUUAAGAAAAGGGAAGCCUUUAUACCUUUCUCAAUAGGAAAGCGGGCAUGCCUCGGAGAACAGUUGGCCAGGACUGAGCUGUUUAUUUUCUUCACUUCCCUUGUGCAAAAAUUUACCUUCAGGCCCCCAAACAAUGAGAAGCUGAGCCUGAAGUUUAGAAUGGGCAUCACUGUUUCCCCAGUCAGUCACCACCUCUGCGCUGUUCCUCGGGUGUGA